AUGCAAGGAGGGUGUUGGCCGGGGAAGGGGGUCACCGCUCACGCCUGGAGCCGAGCCAGCCGGGCUGCCGCCCCGGGCCGCCCUCCUCCGCUCCGCUCCCUCAGCCCCAGCGCUCGCUGCCGUCCUGGUGCAGCGGCGGGCGAGGGCGCGCGUGUGCGCGUGUGCGUGUGUGCGCGCGUGUGUGCCGCCGGUUCACUGCAGCAUCUCUGCACCGAGAUGCGCUCCUCCCUCUGCCGGCGCCGCUCACUGGCUGGCUGGGUCUCAGCCUGGAGACGCGCCCCGGCCCCUCCCUUCCCCAGCAGCCCUGCUUCACCUCAUUUGCUUCCCGUGUUUAAGGGCCGGGCCGCGUCUUCCGUGAGGCUCGGGCGGUUCGGCUCCUGCGCCGCCUGGCCUCUGCCCCCGCCCUUCCUGCCCAGCCCCGCGCUGAAGGGCUGGAGAGGGUGCGAGGCCUGCAGCCUGGCCAGGUGUGGAGGAGACAAGCUGGGCACUUGUGCUGAAGGACAGGGGCAGAGGGAGCGGGGAGGUCAGGAGAAGCUGUUUGGAGAGAGACGGAACUGUGGGCCAAGGAGGGCAGCGGCCACGCGGUGCGCGCCUCUCCGCACAGCAGCGCGCACGGGGGCUGGCGGCAUCGUCCUCACACACAAGGAGGGGCACGCCUGGCAGGACACGGACAGAGCGCAGAGGCAGGCUGAGGGCUCACCGCCCCCGCGACCCUCUGGGCGCAGAACCCCUUCCCCUGGCACGGGUCGUGUGAAGAAGGGCUUUCCUGAGGCAGGGGGACGGUAUGACGACAGCUCACCGUCCACCCUGCCUACAGAGCUUGCUUCCAGCGCGAGUGCAGAGCGAUGUGGAGGCCUGAGAAACGACUGCUCUGCUCGGAGCCAGAGCGUUUCCUAG